UAGGCCCAAUCCACUUAUCAGCUUGUAGAAUCGUACCAGAAACAUGAUUGGCACUGAACCCAACUUCCCGGUAAACGGAAUCGGAGCUUCUCGUCGGCCGGCAGAAACAGCGACAGAGUCGUUCAGGGAAACAAAAAAUUGCUGAAAUUGAGGUGCUAAUAAGAUUACAUUGGUUUAUGAGUUAAGGCCAAAUCAAAUAUGGGUACACCUGUUAUGAACAACAAAGAGAACUAUAAUGGUAGGAGGAGUGUGCCAUGGAAGCAGAAAGAGUUGUUUUUUCUGGUGAUUUAUGCAUUUGUUUUCUAUGUUAUCAUCAUCAAACGUUCCCUUCAACUCUCUCAUGAUCACUACAAACAACUAUUCGGUUUACGCCCGGGAUGGCUCAUACCUCAUUACCUCAAUGAUGUCUCAGAUGCUCAAUGGAGGAACUUUCGGGGAAAUUUACCUGUUCUAACUCUUGUCUUUGGAAUUUUCACUCUUCUGGCCAGCUUGAUGAGGGCUUUCUUCGAUUUGAAAGUGAGAGGAAUGUCCUUUCUGUGGCUUUUAUUUUCUUUGGCAUACCUAUCAUAUCUGCAUGGAGCAUGCGUCAUAUUUGUGCUCUCAAUAGCUACUGUUAAUUUUCUUCUUGUUAAGAUAUUUUCACGGAAAAAGUACUUUCCACUAAUAGUUUGGAGUUACAACAUAUUUUUUCUUCUAUGUAAUCGGAUUUAUGAAGGAUAUUCAUUCUCUAUAUUUGGGCAACAAUGGAGAUUUUUGGACAAUUACCGGGGCAGCUUUAGGUGGCACAUAUGUUUCAACUUUGUUGUUUUGCGUAUGAUAAGCUUUGGAUUGGAUUAUCAUUGGACAAAUCAAGAUUCUCACUUUAAUCAGGAGAAACAUUGUCAACGUUGUCAUAUUUGUAAAUCAGGAAAGACAUGCUAUCAGGCUAUACAGGAGAGAAGUCUACCAACCAACAAGUUCGGAUAUGUCGUAUACCUUUGUUAUUUGGUGUAUGCACCACUUUAUAUUGCCGGUCCAAUAGUGAGCUUCAAUGCUUUUGCUUCACAGCUAGAUAUUCCUCAAAAUACUAAUUCAGUAAGAAAUGUGAUACUCAAUGGUUUCCGUUGGGUACUGUGUCUUCUCCUUAUGGAAUUGAUGACACAUCUAUUAUACUAUAAUGCCUUUGCUAAUAGUGGGUUGUGGAAGCACUUUUCUCCUAUGGAAGUGUUCAUCAUUGGAUAUGGGGUCUUAAACUUCAUGUGGCUAAAAUUUUUACUGAUCUGGCGCUUUUUCAGGUUCUGGUCACUGGUGAAUGGAAUUGAGACUCCAGAAAAUAUGCCAAAAUGUAUUAAUAAUUGCCACAACUUGGAAGGCUUUUGGAAAAAUUGGCAUGCUUCUUUUAACAAGUGGCUUGUGAGGUAUAUGUACAUUCCUCUUGGGGGAUCUCGAAAAAAGCUCCUAAAUGUAUGGGUUAUAUUCACUUUUGUUGCCAUUUGGCAUGAUUUAGAGUGGAAGCUUCUUUCAUGGGCGUGGUUGACAUGUUUAUUCUUUAUCCCUGAGUUGCUAUUAAAAUCAGCCGUAAAAGCUUUUCAGGCUGAAAGCUCUUUCGGGGAAUUGAUAUUUCGUGAACUCAGUGCUGUUGCUGGUGCAGUUACAAUCACUUGCCUCAUGGUUUGUCUUUGGUUACCCUCAGAAGCUAAGCAUGUAGCAAAUCUGGUUGGUUUUGUUAUUGGACCAAAUGGGAUUAACUGGUUGCUUUCUUCUUUUCUUGGCAAGGAAGGGUUGCCUGUCCUUGGGGGCAUGCUUAUGACAUUUUACGUUGGAGCAAAGAUUAUGUUCCACAUAGAUGAAGCAAAGCAUAGGUCGCACUGAACCUGACAAAUGAAGGAUCAUGAAACUUGGGGCAUUUUCAUGUUUACUGCUAGGAGUUCAUAUUUGAUAGAAAACAGUUUGGCUUGGAGGUAUAUGUAUGUGGGUAUGAUUCUAGACCCAUUUUGCAGAUUUGCCGAUGCGAGGCAUGCGAUUGUACAUCAUAAAAUGUAAAAUUUAUUGCUAACGGAAAACAAGAAAAAUGAAAAAAGUAAAAUCUGUUGAAAAUAGGGUAGGUUUGCAUAAUGAGAUUUGGAUUCCUCUAUUGGCACCUCUGUUUUUGUUUUUGACUGAGAAACUGGUCAAACCUUGAAUAUGACACCUUAUACUGCACAUUUGGUUUUUUUGUUCUCUUACGAUGUUUUCAAUAUAUGAUCUGAGAUAUAUUCAUAUCUCGGCAGUUCCACGAUUUUUGCAAAA